AUGUCGCAACCACCCCAGGAAACGCGUCAUCAAAGCCCUACUGCCCAUAGCGAUAUCGCGAAUCUCACACGCGAAGCAUCUGAAAGGCAAGUCCAGCAACCCAGUGAUGUGGCUACCGGGAUUGCAGACCGAGAGACCCCUUUCCAGUCAGAGACUAUGGAAGAUGGUCCACCAUCCUCGAGGCUAGCCGAGCAUGUGGAUGAUGAUUUUUCGACGUCAAGCCAAACAAGCCAAGAUGAUUCUAUGAAUUCAGAGCAAGAGAGCUUGCGGGACUCAGAGAUAAAGAUGGAGGACAGCCGACAUUCUACCCCGCGACUAGCCAUAAACGGGGAUGAGAGUGCCCCGAUCCCAAUUCGAGGCAGUCAAGAUGAUCCCAUGCGUUCAGACUUACGCCCCACAUGUGAGGCUUCGAAUAUGAUGUCUUCGAGCGCCACCGACAAUCCCAUUACCCCGAUAUCGAAGGAUUUAUCUCCUUCAUUCUCAACGAUGCAAAAGCCAAUAGCCAGGACUGCGAAGGAGAAAAUCCAGGGACCGCCUUUCCUUGUGAGUCUUGUGUCGCAAGGCUUGGACUGGGAAGAAAUCCGGGAACAAUACGCCCGCGAAUUUGGAAUCUGGCGCACCCCUGGAUCCUUGAAAUAUCAUCACAGUAUCCAUAAGCACGACGUCAAACUAAUGGUACUCAGGAUCCCGCCCGUGCAGCUGCGCGAGAUCUCGCUCCGGACACCCGCUCUGGGCCCGUGA